UGUGAAUGUUUGGAUUGUGGUGGCAAGAUUAAAAAGAAAAUUUUAAUUUGUAAAAAAGAAUUAAUAGACCCACAAUAAUCUAAUACUAAAUUUAGAUUACCAGCAUCACCUUAAUUGUCAAUAUAACCAUAAAAUGUUAGGCCAUCUAAUAGAGAUUUAAGUUUGAUAGGAUCUUCAGCUCAUUUUAGUAUCAUUUUUAUUAAUUUUUAUGUGAUAAGCAUUCUAAAUAGACUAUUUAAAAAAGUAAUCGUGUCUCCAUUAUGCCAGUAAUAUAAUUAAUAUAAGCAUAAAAUUUAAUGAAAAAAAUUAGUGCAACUCAUAAAAUUGAAAAAGAAACUAAAACUAAAAUGAGCAUAUCAACACAUAGCUUAUUUAAUAAGGUUUAAUAAAAAAUGAAUAUUAAUAAUGAUACUGAUAAAUUAAGAUCUGUUUUAGAAAUAGAAAUUAAUAAUCAAAAUAAAAAAGAAGAAACAAAUAAAUAAUAAAAAUAAACACCAAAUUAUUGUUAAUUUAGAAUAAAAACAGAAGGUUCCAAUUAUUAUUUUUCUUCAGUUUAAUAAAAAAAAUCUCCAAUUAAUAUUCCUAAUCUAUAUCAUUUAGAGAAUAUUAAAAAAAAUAGUCUAAGUAUAUUUGAAUCAAAAACACCAAGACUUUUAUUGGCCAGAAGUGAAAAAUAUAAUCAAAAACAACCUUUAACUUAAAGACUUAUGUGUACAUAUCUUAAAAAAUAAAAUAAUAAUUCUAAAUUAACAAAAAGUAGUAAUAAAGCUUGA